GCUGGUGAGCGAGUGAACGUUCAUCCGCGAACAGAGCGCCGCUCUCCACGCUCCAAGAGCUGCUUCGACUCUCCAGGCGAGCUGUGCGGGGCUGUGCACCUUGAACAACAUUGUGGACUCCGGCUCGGAGCAAAGCCCGCAGCCAGUCAGCAUGCGGCUCCUGUUGAGCCUCCUGCACCCCUUCCUGUCCCUCAGCAUCUUCGGCUUGUACCCAUCUAUGACCCUCGGGCCAAGAGAGGGCUGGCAGGUGUACAGCUCGGCCCAGGAUGCAGACGGCCGCUGCAUCUGCACUGUUGUGGCACCGGAACAAAGUCUGUGCUCCAGAGAUGCAAAGAGCAAGCAGCUCCGCCAUCUCCUAGAGAAGGUGCAGAACAUGUCUCAGUCCAUUGAGGUGCUGAACCUGCGAACUCAGAGGGAUUUGCAGUAUGUGAUGAAGAUGGAGAACCAGAUGAAGGGCCUGAGGACCAAAUUCAGACAGAUUGAGGAUGACAGGAAGUCGGUCAUGGCCAGAAACUUCCAGGAGCUUAAAGACAAGAUGGAGCACUUGAAGCCAUUGAUCCCCGUGCUGGAGCAGUACAAGAUGGAUGCCGCCCUCGUCUCCCACUUCAAGGAGGAGAUCAGGAACCUGUCAUCGGUGCUGACGAGCAUCCAGGAGGAAAUGGGCGCCUACGACUAUGACAAACUCUAUCAGCGUGUACUACGACUGGAUAACAGGCUCCGAAGCUGUAUGGGCAAAUUAACAUGCGGAAAAUUAAUGAAAAUCACCGGACCAGUUACCAUAAAGAUCUCUGGGACUCGGUUUGGGGCAUGGAUGACUGAUUCGCUUGCAUCAACAAGACACAACAGAGUUUGGUACAUGGACGGUUACACCAACAGCAAGAUUGUCCGGGAGUUCAAAACGAUGGAGGACUUCAUGGCAGGAGUGGUGGCUCGCACCUACAGCCUUCCAUUCAAAUGGGAAGGAACCAAUCACAUCGUCUACAACGGCUCGCUGUACUACAACAAGUACCAGAGCAACAUCAUUGUCAAGUACAGCUUUGAGACCGGCACAGUUCUGGCCCAGAGAGCUUUGGAAUUCGCAGGCUUCCACAACAUGUACCCGUACACGUGGGGAGGCUACUCCGACAUCGACGUCAUGGCGGACGAACUGGGAAUGUGGGUCGCGUAUGCCACCAACCAAAACGCCGGGAACGUCGUCAUUUCCCAAAUAGAUCCCGACACCCUGCAGGUCCUGAACACUUGGAACACGGAAUACUCCAAAAGGAACGCAGGGGAGUCCUUCAUGAUCUGCGGGACUCUCUACAUCACCAACUCUCACCUGUCUGGAGCAAAGGUUUAUUACGCGUACUCCACAAAGACGUCGACGUACGAAUAUAUCGACAUUCCUUUCCUCAACCAGUACUUCCACAUCUCCAUGCUUGACUACAACGCCAGAGAGAGAGCUCUGUACGCCUGGAAUAACGGACACCAGGUCAUAUUCAACGUCACCCUCUUCCAUGUCAUAGAAACAGACGAUGGCUCUUAAACUUUGUGCACCGUGACAGCAGAAACAUUUGUGAUGAUGCUCAUUGUUUUGUCAAAAAUGGCUAAUCAUUUCGUUUUCUAAGCUCAAGACUGAAUGGAGCAUGGACACCAUUGUCUGGAUUCCUUACUGGGAAAACCUGUUGCACAUUUUUACACCGGUCGAUGGCAUCACUGUAUAGCUUUUGCAUGCAGGUCUACUGUGCACUUUGACUGCAGUGAUAUUUCUAUAGUGUCUUACUACAGUGCUUGCGUUCAUUGCACAUUAGCAUAUUGGCAGCAAUAUACAGUCCAUAUUCGUACUGCAUUCUGCUUGAACGGGUGUUUUUGUUUGUUUUGUUUUUUUAAAUAAAACUGGUGAAAAUACGCACAAUUUCUUUCCUGCUGUUUUGUGGUUGAAAUAGUCAAAGAUAUGCAUAUUUAAACACAUUUUACACAUUUUCUUCUCUUGCUUUUGUACUUUGCAAGUUAUAUUUUGGUUUUGUAUUUUUACUUCUUCCGAAUACUGCUUUAAUGUUUCAUGUCAUUUUUUUAAAAUGGAUUGAAAAGGCUCAUUAAAACUACAUUUGUGGUGCCCGAAGACUUUUGCACAGUACCGUAUGUUAUAAAAUAUUAAAAAUGCACUUGUCAAUACUUCUAAUACUUCUCGCUUCGAAUUAAGUGCC